CUUCAGGUUAAACGGGUUUUGGAAUCUCCCAUCAUUAUGCAGCAGCACAGCCUUCUUCUCCAGAAUCUGACCAGGCAUUUCUGCAGACUCUGCCAAAAAAGCAGCAGGAACAGACUGACUCCGAGGAUUCUGGGAGAAGCGUUUGGAGAGGUUCUUUUUCAUAGCUUGGUAUCAAGAGCCAGGGUGAAUCCAGAACAUCACGUUAGGAUUAUUGAAGCUUUGAUUGUGGCCGGAGGAGUUUUGGAAAUCCAAGCUGCACCAGCGCCAACAAUUUACACAGCGCUGCCGCGGGCGUAGUGUCGGGCAACUCAUGUUU